AAAAAUUAUUAGCACCACUUACCUGGUUAGUGGACAGGAUCUGCCAGUAACUGGUGAGCGUACAACAUCAAAAUAUGAGUGAAAGGGAUGUUGUAACACAGUGUUUUGAUCCACAUUUUAUUCGGGUAAAAUGAAAAAUGAAUGAUUAUCGACUUAUCGCAGUUCCAUUCUGACCGGUUAUAAGUCGUGCGGAAAGUUGUUCCAUGUGCGGUUGUUAUUGUUGGGAAAUUCCAUUUUUCUCUGUCUGUUAAAUUUUGCCUGUCAUGGCGCAGCUUGCAGCCAUCAGCUUGUAGUACUGCACCGUGAUUCCACAAAGAGGAAGAUUGUUGUACUGCCGCGUGGGAAGCGAUCGAAUACACCUGUGCUUGCGCAAGCUCGUUCGUUGAUGCCUUUAAGAACUGGAACGCGAAAUGUAACCUAACGUGCUUCAACGCAGCGGCCAAAUUCAUAAGAGAAGUUUUUAAGGCAAGCGCUAGCUACAAAGCUAUAGCUAGCUGCUAGCUAUAUAUAGCAUCCUACAAAAAGAAGCGACCACAAAAACGAACCAAUGACCUUUGAACGGGUACCAGGAUGUCCGUGUCGUCGCAUUCCUUCGAUGAGACGCGGUCGGUGCCGUUGGAUCUAUACGAUCUCAGCUCGUUCACCGACUCCUUGGACACAGAGCCCCUUGCAUCAUCCACCCCCGGGACAAUCUCCAGCGCCACCUAUCCCUCGGUGUCCGCCCCAUCCACCACCCCGCGCACACUUUCACCGGGACCAGUGCGCCCUGGAACGCGCCUGCGCCGCUUCGUUCGCACGCAGCUUCAGCGCGCUCAACCGCACGCCCAGGAACAUCUGGAUGAGCUGCGCCAUAAACGAUGGGCGUUUGUUGAACGGAUGAGGCCGCACGUGGAAGAGAGUAUGAAGGAAGGCGGAAAGGUAACGCACUGGUUGUUCCGCGGAACGGCACGCUGGGGGAUCCGGGCGGCGCUGAACGGGGUGCGACUGGCAACUGGGCUGCGGUCCACCGCGAAAGACGAAGGUGUCGGGGAGGAAGAGACAGAGAUGACCGAUGGGGACCUGUAUGAACCCACGGAGUUCGACGUCAAUGAGCUGGAUGAUCUGCCGGUUGUGGUGCCUAAACUGGUGUUGAAGGACACCGAAGGAUCCAAACAGAAAAAGAACCAUAUGUAUUUCGAAAACCAAAAAACGAUGAGAUUUUCCGCUAUCGCUGAGCAGGCCACAUCGAAAUUCACCAAAGAUCUGGCCAAGCAGUACCUACAGGGUGGCAUCAAAAAGCCCAUAAAAGAAGUCAUCACAUCGGUGGGGCCGCGCAUCCACGUGGGAUUCCGUGCGGAUAUCGAGAAGCAGACGCUGACCAUCAGCAUCAUCGAAGCCAGCAAUCUGCCCGGUUUGGAUGCCAACGGUCUAUCCGACCCUUACUGUCAGGUAUUCCUGAAACCGGACGCUGCCGGUUCGGAACUUCGCACCCGUAUCAUGCCCAAGACGGUCAACCCCAUAUGGAAAGAGGUUUUUGAACUAAGCGAUGUCCCGCCGAUCACGACCCUACUUCGACAGUUUCUGCACAUCAAAGUGUGGGACUAUUAUCAGAUCGGCUCGGACGAACUGAUCGGCGAAAUUCAGAUCAGCUUUGACCGCUACGACCUCCUUGGCGGCACCGACACUUGGGUGGAGCUCCGCACACCCAAAGCUCAGGAGGUCCAAAGGGAGCUCGGCACCGUUGUCAUCGGACUGCGCUAUGAAGAGGGACCGGAAAAACUAACAGUUUUGCUCGAACGAUGCCGGGCAUUGGAGCGGACCGGCUGGCUAACCUUUAGCGUUUGCCUGCAUAUCAACGGCAGAUUGAUUAAACUGUUGAAGAAAUCUGCGGAAGAGAUCAUUACCGUCAGUCCGGAGAUCAAACGGCGGGUGACCUUUGAGAGCGUCAAGAAAACAUUGUUGGACGAAUACACGGUGACGGUUUACUUUGCGUUCAAGCGGCUGCACAUCUUCAGCUCGUACUUCGGACAAGUCAAUCUCUCGGAGAAAAGUAAGAACAGCGAAGAACAAGCACUGUGGGUAGAAAUGCGCAAGGUCCCCGGGGAGACGGUUUUCAAAGAAAUCCCGGUGCAUCAGUUCGUGGGGAUUGUCCGCAAGCCAUGGCGCCGUGGGGAGACCGCCGCAACCGGCUUCCUUACCCUAACCUUGAAGUCUUUGCCCCUUUCCGGGUCUCCGGGAAUCACACUGUGGUGUAUGCUGGAGAAGGCCGAGGAAUUACCGCUGCCGGAGGACAGCAACAUCUUCGUCCGUUUUUAUGUCGUCAAGAACUCCGUCAGCAUUGCUGAGCAGCGGACUCCUCUAAAGCGGGUGGGGGAGCGGGUAACUCCCAUUGAGGAGCGCUUCGACACCACGGUGGAGAACGACGACCUCCAGAAAUUAAGUGUGGUCGUCGCGGUGUUCCGGCGGCGGUGGUGGCAGGAGGUGGCCAUCGGACGGAUCACGCUAUCUUCCGACCGCCGGAAGUGCACGGCAGAGGAAUACGAACAGUGGCAAUCGGUGGUGCGGAUGUUAAGCAACGCCGAGACCAAGCGGCACCCUUUAAAGGAAGUUCUUCCGCAAAUUCACCCAUAUUCUUUGAAAAAGAGCGAAGAAAAAACUUUCAUUUUGGAGGAUGCAUCGGGCUUACCGCGCCAGCUGUAUAUGUUGGGAGCGGUGACCUUUUCAGUGAAGUACGACGAGGAGGAGGAAGCGUUGAACGUAUUUGUCACCCGCUUUCUAGGAAUUCCAGUGAGCGGGCGUUUAUAUGUGCGGGCAUUUCUGUACGAUCUGAAAAAAGCGCGCCGGAGAAAGGUCAAAUCUGCUGUUUACAUCGUCAGGCAUCCCAAUCCGGAGUUCAAUAGUAUGCUGAAACUGAGAAAUGUGCAUUUGAGUUUCUUUGAUAGUCACUUCUUAGUGCUUCAGUUAUAUCAGAAAUUUUACUUCAAGUUUGAUCGAUUGGCGGCGCAGUGUGUUGUACGGCUAAUUCGACCGCGAGAAUUCGGUUCAUUUGCCGUAUAAAGCACUUGUGAAUUUUGAUACCCAUUCCUACUUUUUCAAUUGUUUGUACGAGUUAUGAGUAACAGUGUUCAGUGUUUGCAAGAAAAUCGAUAGGAUUCAAUGAGCAAAAGCGAUUACCUAAUUAUUGUUAACUUACUAAUCGUACAAUCGCUUUCUUUUUGAAUUUACGUUUCUGUAUGUUCUAGAAGUAAAACGGCAAACGCUACAUAUAAAAAUGGCUUGAGUCCACACUGCCGGUUUUCAAGUGCGUGGAAGGCUUUAGAUGACAAAUACAAUGUCCUGUGUUGGUUGGAUUAAUCCAGCUGACAUCGCAUAUCCUUCACCGUCGAUUGGCGUUCAAGCGGACUUGUCGCUGAGUACGAGUGCUGUUCACGUUCACUUGACGCCGUACAUCAAGCAUCUACUGUAAGUUGUUAAUAGUCGGUGCCGCCUUCCCUUGGUGCAAGACAGUGGCACUGUCAAAAUAAAUUUUAAAGCCAAAGUUCGCGUGCGUCCAAGAGAAACUAAAACAGAAUAACCAAUCCAACAGCAUCUUUCCAACAGAAUAUGGUCGG